CUCCGAUAGCCGCAACGCCCGUUUCGCGUAUCAUGACUUCGCACUCUAUCAACAUUUAUAUAGCUGUACUGUUUCGCCAUAGGGUGUCCGAUAGCUCUGACACCUCAAGAUUGUUGCGCGACUGUCGGCGUGAAAUGGGCGGCGUGCUGGUUCCUUGAAAGCUCCUGAUAGACGUUUCAAAAUGGAGGAAAGGCCACGCAAAGCAGCGAAGAGGUUCGCGAGCGGCUUCCCCACGCAACACAGCGUCAGCCCAUCUCCUCUCGUGGAAAUACCCCAGGACCUGCUGCACCGCAUCAUUCAUGUGUACCUAUCUCCUGCUGACGUGCUGGCAUUUCGGGCGACAUCGUCCGCGCUGCGCCACGCCGUCGACACAAGCCGCGAGAACAUAUGUAUUCACCUCCCACACCUCCAGCAGUUCCUUUUUCUCGACUUGUGCAGCGAGGCCGACCGCGCAGCAGCUCUGCCGGAAGCUGCUCAGGGGCGCGCUGGGGCAGGGGCGUCAGAGGGCGCGGGCGCGGCAGUGGCUGCGGACGUUGCCCCCGGCCGCUCGGCCUUCCUGCAUGCGUUUUCCAGGUGGCCCCGUCUUCGCGACGUCUACGUGCUGGGCGAUAUGCCGGAGGGCCUGAUAGCGAGGCUGGUGCAGGAUGCGAUAGCUGCCCAGCGCCUGCCCGAAUUGCGGCACCUGCUGCUGCACCGCGUGUGCUGGGCACCGCCGCCGGCCGCAGCGCUGGCAGGCACACAGGCAGGGCACCAGCAGCAGCCGCAGCAGCACCAGGCAGGCCAGGCUCAGGGAGGAGGUGGAGUAGGAGGAGGGGCAGGACCCGGAGGAGCGAUGCAAGGCGCGGCGGAAGCCGGCGUGCCGCCUCCUCCUCCCGCGCCGGCCGCGAACGCAGCGCCGCCCGGGGCUGGCUCAUGCUUGCGGACGACUGCAGUGGCCGCGAUGCUGGUGUGUGAGUCAACGCUACUGGGCGCAUUGACGCCGGCAGAGGCGGUGGCGGAGCUGGAAGCAAUGGACCUGCCGCGCGGGCCGCAGCCGCUGGUGCCGCCCGCCGCACCCGCCGCCGCUGCUGGUGCCGCCGCUGGCGGCGCCGCAAUCGGCGCGGGCGGGGUCAUGCUGGCCGCCGCGCUGGGCUUGGACUUGGGACCCGAGCUCCUCCAGCAACAGCAGCAACAGGCUGUGGAUCUGAUGGCGCCGGCGGCGGCUCCGAUGGCGCCGCCCGCGCCGGUCGUGCCGCCUGCCGGCGGCGGCGCAGCCGCCGGCGGCGGCCACGGCGGCGGCCCCGUGCCUGUCGCCUGGCCCGACAGCCGCGUGCGUGACUCCGUGUCUCAGUCACUGGUGCACUGGCUGGGGCACCUGGCGGGGACCCUGGCCCACGCCGGCGCUUACGACGAGGCGGAGCGGGUGGCGAAGCUGUUGUGGGUGCCGACACUGGCGGAUGUGACGCGGGCCACCCUGGCAGCGGUGCUGCUGGCGCGCGGGCUGCCGGCGCGCGCGGCGCGGGUGCUGCUCGGCAUGUUCCAGCCGCGCCACGGCUGGGCGCUUGCGGAGCCGGUGCUCCAGGCACUGGAGCGGCAGCUGCAGCCGCCGGGGGAACAGCAGGAGCGGCAGGAGCAGCCGCCGCGUCAGGGCAGAAGGUUGAGAGACACGUGGCCGGUAAGGCCGCCGGCCGCCGGUGACGGCCCGGCGGCAGCGGGCGGUGGCGGGCGGCGCUCCAAGUUCGGACCCGCCGUCCAGCCGCCGGCGCCGGCGCCGGCGCCGGGCGCGCAGGCAGCAACGGCGCCCGCGGGUGCAGCGAACGGGGCGGCGGCAGGGGUUGCAGGACCCGGUGGAAGCGCAACGGGUGCAAAGGCAUCUGGGUCGGGGGCAGGCUCGGCAGGCUCGGACGCAGAUGUGGGUGGAUCCGGAGGCGGCGACGCUGCCGCUGUCGCUGCCGCCAUCCCGUCGGCCGACAGCGAGACGGCACAGCUGGCCAGCCGCCUCCGCGACGCCAUGGCUCCAUUUAUGGAGGACGCCGGGUUCUUUGGCGGUAUGGGACUGGGCGGCGUCGGCGUGUUCUCCCCGGGCAACCACGCCGUCUUGCUGGGCGGCCCAUCGCAACUGACCCGGGCGUUUCUGGACGCGGUUGCUGACUGCGCCGCUGGCCGGCCGGCGGUGGGGCUGCAGCGCCUGGCGGCUCACUGGGUGGCACGGCGGCGGCAGCUUAAGCAGCGCCGCGCAGACCUGGCGCGAUCGGUGGUGCGCGCGCGGCUGCGCGUCACGCAGGCGAUGGCGCACGUCACGCAGGCGCUGAGGUUGGGGCGUGCAGCUCAGGCCGCGCCGGCGUCGGCGGUGGGCGCACCUGGGCCGAGGGUCUACCCCGCGGCACCGGUAGCGGGGCCGGCGGCGGUUGAGGAGCCCGGCGCUCCAGGUGCGGCCGCGGCAGUGGCGGCGGCGGCAGCGGGUGAUGACGGCGUCCAGGCCGCCGCCGCCGCCGCGCCGCCAGGUGAGGGCCCCGGCGGUCAGCAGGAAGGCGGCGGCGCCGCCGCCGGCGACGCUGCCGCGGCCGUGCCGGCCGGCGACGAUGAGCCGCCGCCCCUGGCGCCGCCGGCUGCAGCCCAGGCCGGCAGCGACAAUGACUUCCUGAGUGACGACACGUCGGACAGCGACAGCGACAGUGUGCUGGACGGUGCCGCCGCCGCUGCUGGUCAGGGCGCCGGCGGCGCUGGAGGUGGCGCUGGUGGCGACGGCGACACCGGCCGGCGGCGGCGCAAGCGCGGUGACCCGCACAGCGCCGCCGCCUGGCGGCGGGCGUGGCUGCAGGCGGAGAUUGAGCUGCGGUCGCUGAAGCGGUCGCUUGAGAGCCACGACCGGCGCGCUGUGGAGGAGGACUCGGAGUGCGCCUCUGCGGUGAACGAGUACCUAAGCAGGCAGGUGCUGCCGGCCGCGCGCACCCACCGCUACAGCGCCUGCUGGCGCCGUGGCGGCUGCCCCGCGUUGGAGGCGGCGCCUGGGGCCGGUGCUGGUUCCGUGGCGGGGGCCGGGGCUGGGGCUGGCGAUCGGCAGGCGCAGGCAUCUGGUGCUGCGGCAGCAGGCGCUGGCGGGGAGGGCGGUGCUGGCGGGGAGGGCGGUGCUGGCGGUGCUGGCGGUGCUGGCAGCAGCAGCGGCGGCGCCGGCACGCCGUCGCCGGGGCAGGUGCAGGCGAUGCAGGUGCAGCUACUGUCGGCGCUGCUGCAUAUGCUUGACAGCUUCCUCCCCGAGCCCGAACCCGAGCCCGAGCUUGAACCCGAGCUGGAGCCCGACGCUGCAGGCGAGGGCAUGGACGUGCCCGAGAGCAGCAGCGGCAAAGACUCUGCUGCCGCAGCCGCAGCCGCAGCCGCAGCCCGCCGGCGCGUUGCACGGCGUCAGGCCCGCAUGCAGCUGCUUAAGCCGGUGAUGGCAUGUCGCGAGGCGCUGACGUCUCUGUGCGCGCUGCUGCUGCUGGGCAGCGGCUGCGCCGCCGCCGCCAGUCGGCUGCUGCGGGCGGUGCGGGUGGGCUGCCCGCACGGCCGGGCGUCGCUGCUGGACCGGCUGUGGGCGCUCACGGGCGCGGGGAGCACGUGGGUGCGCGCGCUGCCCUUCCACGGCAGCGUGACGGUCGCGCCGCGGCCGGCGCUGCUGUGGAGGGAGGAGGGCGCGUCCAAGCAGGCUAACGGCGCGAGGCAGGGGCAGGAACAGGAGCAGCCCGCCGGGGGACCGGCAGAGGCAGCAGGCACCGCGGCAGCUGUGCCAGUCAGCUGCGGCGACGGAGCAGGCGCCGCCGCUGCCGCCCAGGCACUGGCCCCGCCGCCGCUGGGCCCUCAGCAGCAGCAGGCACCGGCUGCGCAGGAGGCGGCGUGGGCGGUGCCGCUGCCGCCGGUGGAGGGCUUUGAGCACCACGGCGGUGUGGGCGGCGGGCCCGACGAGUGGGAGGGCCUGGGCGAGGGCAACCAUAUGGAGGUCCUGGAGGACGUGCCGGGCAGCCGCAUCUACUUCCUGGACGUGCAGCCGCUGUGGGUGUUCGGCAUGGGCGAGCUGGAGGAGUUCCCGGGCCCCCUGGACGACGACGACGACGACGACGACGACAUGGACGAGGCCGGGGACGGCGAGGCGGACGCGCUGAUGGACGACCUCGUGGCUCAGCAGGAGGUGCAGCAGCAGGAGGGACAGCAGCAGGAGGGACAGCAGCCUGCGGAGGCGUGGGGGGAGGUGGGCAUGGAGGCUGCGCCCGAGGCGGCCGCGGCGCAGCAUCAGGCAGCAGGCCAGGCGGCCGCGGAAGCCGAGGUUGAGGGCAUGCAGCUGGAUGCUGACGCCGCGGCGGCACAAGCCGCGGCGAUGGAAGCGGUGGAGCCGCCGCUGGAGGCGCCGCCAGCGCCGCCGCCGCUGCCGCCGGACUUCCCAGCCGCGCAGCUCCUGCCAGACGCCAUCUUGCAGGGGAUCCCGCCGCCGCACGCGGGCCCGCAGGGCCAGCCGCACGGCCAGCCGCACGGCCACCCGCCCGGCCAGCCGCACGGCCAGCCGCAGGGCCAGCCGGCGCCGCCGCCGCCACUGCCGCCCGGCUUCGUCCUGGACGGCCUGGACGUGGAGCUGCCGGAGCAGCUGCAGAUGCGGCUGCAGGAGGAGCGGCAGGUGCGGCUGCUGACGCGCGCGGUGCGCUGGCUGUGGUCGUGGGCGCCCAGCGGCACAGCCAGCUUCAGCCCCGCCGCCACCGCCGCCGCCGCCGCGUCGCAGUUCGCCAGCGGCGGGCCUUGGGCGGCGGCGCCGCACCCUUGCCGCGUGUUCCAGGCGCAGCCGGUGCUGGUGCAGCUGAUGCGCGAGGUGGUGAACGCCGUGCUGCUGCCCAGGCUGUUACAGGGGGAUGUCGGUGGCGUGGCGGCAACGCGCGGCGCGGUGCUGGCGGCGGUGGGCCUGGCGGGUUCGCCGGCCGCGCCAGUGGUGUCGCUGGACGCCAUCGCGCCGCAGCCCAGGGCCGAGGUGGGGCAGCGGCUGUCGUCGCUAGCACAGCUGUUCAAGCAGGGGCUGAUUAAACACUUCUUCAACUUGAAAUCGGCCGCAAACGCCGAGGUCGAUGCCGCCGCGGGCGAAGGAGCGGCCGGGCGGUUGGACGGCGCAGGGCCAUCGACGUCCACAGGCGCGGAUGCAGGUGGCGUUGGGGCUGCUAGCACCUGCGCCGGCGCGGGUCCUAGCAUCAGCGCGGCGGGCGGCAGCUCGGCUGGCGCUGGCAGCAGCGCAGCACCCGCGCUGCAAGGCGCCGCGGCCGACUCCGAGGCUGAGGCUGUCGAGGACGAGGACGGCGAAGCCGCCGCUGCGGCUACCACCCUCUUGGGCGCGGAUGAGGACGCGGACCUGGCGGACGAGCUGUCCAGCGGCGCCGGGCCGCCGGGCUGUCAGGAGGUGUGGCGCGCCUCUCUGGCGACGCUGAUGGCGGCGUGUGGCGGGGACCAGGAGGUGCAGCGGCGGGCGGUGGACGUGGUCCUGGGCAUCGCAGAUGUGCGGCCGCGUCUGUCGUCUGCGGUGAUGGUGGCGCAGGUGCUGGUGCAGCAGGGCCAGGCGGGCGCGGCGGCGGAGCUGCUGCUGAAAGCGUACGGCACCUGCGACGAGGUCGUCAGCAGCACCGCGCCGGCGGCAGCCGCAGCAGCAGCAGCAGCAGCAGCAGACGCGCAUGCUGCUGCUUCGGCUGAUGCUGCCACGGCCAUGGACGGAGUCACGGAAGACAACAUGGCGGGCCCGUCGGGCGGAGGCCUUUCAGCUGCCGCAGAUUCCUCCGCAGCAGCAGCUGUGGCCGCAGCGCCAGCAGGCGCGGACGCCAACACCACCGGCCGUGCCGCGGCCCCAGCAACGGCAAUGACGUCCACAGGCAUUGCGGUCCGGCGCGAACCCGAGCUGCAGUUCCGGAUGACGGUGUCCGGCCUGCCGUCCCUCCUGUGGGCCUGUGCGCACAUCGAACACAUGGCACGCAUGGUGACGGCCGCUCCCUCCAGGUCCGCUCCCAGCCCCGACGCCGCCGUUGCGGCCGCCGCCGCGCACGCUCCCGGCCCAGACGUGGCGGAGGCGCCCGCGCCCGGCAUCAACCUGCCCGCUGGCUUCGGCGCAGCCCUGGCGGCGGCGGUGGCUGCGGCGGCGCCAGCCGCCGCCCCGGCUGCGGCGGCGCCGGCCGCAGCCACCGCCGCUAUUAGCGCAUCAAGGGCGGCGGAUGUUGCCAAUGCGGCGGCGCUUGUGUCUGUGAUGCGGGCGCUGCCGCCGGUGUUCCUGCACCGGGCCAUGCUGUCGGCGCCGCUGGCUCUGAGCCCCGUGGAGGCUGUGGCGCGGCAGCUGCUGCUGGGUUCGCUGGGCCGGGCAGACCCGCUCAUCGGUGAGGGUGACAUGGCUCUGGCGCUGCGGCAGAUGCUGUACUUCAGCAAGCUCACGGCCGUGCCCUGGGACGACGCCCACGAUGCCACUCGGCCCCUUGCGGAGCGCGAGGCGGCCGGCGCUGGCGACAUGCUGGCGAGCCUGAUGCAGUUGAUGGACUCGACUCUGAUGUCGGCCAUAAUGGGGCAGCGGGGCGGAGCCGCCGCCGCCGCCGCCCUUGCUGGCGCCGCCGCCGCCGGUGGCGGCGGAGGAGGAGCAGGGGCUGGCGGCGCUGCCGGCGGCGGAGGCGAAGGCGGACCGGAUGUGGAGCCGGGCGUCGGGGCGCCGCUGCCUGCGGCGGGGCACCUGGUAGCGCAGGCGGCGGCGUUAAUCGCGGAUGCGUAUGCACAAGCGGAUUCGGACUCAGACUCGGCGUUGUAUGAUGACAGCAGCAGUGAGGAUGGAGAUGGUGGUGGUGAGGAGGGGGAGGCGGCGGACAGCGGUGCGGAAAUUAGCGAGGAAGGACAGGAGGGCGACGGCGACCGCGUGGGCGAGGGCGCGGCAGGCGGGCUAGUAGCCAGGGUGGGAGCGGCAGCUGGUGGGGCUGGGGCUGGGGCUGGGGUUGCUCAUCAUGGGGCACAGGCCAACGGCGGCCGCGGCGGCUUGCCCGGCGAGCGGGGUGCUGGGCCACCGGAGCUGUUGCCGCCGCGGCCACCCCGCCAGGCAAGCGCGCCGCGUGGCGCUGUCGCCGGCGGCGGCAACGCCGGCGGCGCCGCAUUGAGGCGCGUGCCCGCUGUGCUGAGGCGCCUCCGCAGCACGCCGGGUCUGCUUCGCGACCUGCUCGCGGAGUUUGCGGCGUCAGGGCUGUUCACCCUGGCGCCCUCAGCCCAGGCAGCCUGGGUCCCGGGCCUCCCCACGCGCUCCUCCUCUGGCGCCACAUCUUCGCUGGUAAUGCCCUCGACGGCUGCGGCUGUCAUGGGCGCCACGGAUUCCUCCUCUGCGCUCCGGGCGUGGCGGCGCUGGCCCGCAGGGCUGAUCGCCGCGCGGCGGCUUCCGCGGCUUCUGGCGGCGGCGCUGCUGCCAGCUGACGUGGCGCCGCUGCUGGGCGGCAUUUUGUACAAGACCGCCGACAACUGCUUCCGCGGCAGCCUGCUGUAUGCGCCGGUGAUGGCGGCGGCGGCGGCCCGGGAUGUGGGCCUUCCCGCGCUGGGGCCAGCAGCUGGCCGCCUGGUGCGCGCCGGCGUCUUCCGGCUGUGCACCACCAGCCUGUCCUACGGCGUCCAGCAGCGGCGACUGGAGGCACACGAGGCAGCGCUGGCGGCAAGCGCCAGCCACACCGGCACCGGCACGGGCACCGGCACUGUCGCUUCCCGCCGCCUCCGUGCUCAAAGCGGCGCAGCUGCUGCCACACAAACAGCUGCAGUUGCGGCUGCUACCAACGCUGCUGCGGACACCACCCGGAGACGCAAGCGCCGCUCCCGGCAUGUCGCCCGGCACCGCCCAGACGACCUUGUACCAGCCGGGUCCGCAUCCGCAGCUGCAGCUGCUGCAGCCGCGCUCGCCGCAGCGCCCCGGCUGCCGCGUGGCACGGCGCGGAGCCAGCCGGCACAGGCGCGGCCGCUGCCGCGCGCCCGCACGUGCUGGGGCGCCGCCGCGGAGCUGCUGCUGCGGCUGUAUGCGCCGGUGUGGUGGCGGGAGAUGGGCGUGACGCUUCGGUCGCUGCAGCACCUGGUUGACCUGCCGGCGCGCGACGUGGUGGCGCCGCUGACACAGCUCAUGGCGCUGUGCAUGCACCCAGCGGCGGAGGCGUUGGGGCCGAGGUUGCGUUGCGACGAGCGGGUGCCGAUGCCCAUCAGGACGUGGGAAACGGUCACGCUGCAGGAGAUCGCGGGGUUCCUCCUCGCCGACAUCCCGCCCCUGCCGCCGCCGCGGUCGGGACCGCCGCUGCCCGCCUGCGUGACAGGCGCCGAAUGGCAGGCAGCAGCCACUGAUGACUGCCCUCCCGCUCCAACCUCGCACGCAGCGGCUGCGGCCGCGGGCGCCGUCGCGACAGACCUGCCACUCCGCCGUUUCGCACGCUCCGGCGACAAGGCCGUUUUCCAGGACUCCACAGCCAUCCCAUUCUCGGAGCUGGGCCCACGGGACGAUCCGCUAAAGGACGGUUUGUCGACUGUGACGAGCAGGGUGCUGCUACUGGGCUUGGCAGCCCUGGCCGACAGCCGCAGCCCCCGGUCCGGCGACCGUGCGGGCGGCGGUGGCGGCGGCGGCGGCGGCGGCGGCAGCGGCGGCAGCGGCGGCGGCGGCGCAUCCACGUCAGCGGCAGGGGUCCCGGGCCGCGGCCGCGCCGGGGGCAGGCGGGGUGUGCCGGGCCUGUCAACCGCUGCCCGAGUCUUGACUGCGCUGCAGGUGCCACCGGCUGCGGUGGCGGAAGUGCUUCAGGGCGCGCUGCAGGGUUACUUGGACGCCCCUCGCCGACCCGCAGUGCAGUCACCGCAGCAGCCGCAGCCGCAGGCUAAUGGAGGUGCGGUCCUGAGGCAGCAGCCAGCAGACCUGGUGGAACAGGGCCGGGCGCAGCGGGGCCCGGAGGGAGGGGCGAUGCGCGCAAGGGCGGCGGGGCGACCGGUCACGGCGGGAGGCGACUCGGAUGAGGACCAGGCUGGAGAGGCGGAAUCCGCUCUGGAGCUGCAGGCGAAGCAGGAGCUUUUCGUCGCCCUAUUGGACCGCCUGCGCGGCCCUGAUGAUGCAACGGGCAGCGUGAGCGUGUCCAGGCGUGGGAUGCAGCAGCCGGGGGUGGAGUCGGCGGCUGGAGCAUCGGGUGCGGCGUUUUGGAUGCCUCACUUGGUGCGGGAGCUGCAGGCGGUGCUCGCUGACAAAGGCGUAGCGGGGGCGGGGGCUGCGGAUGCCCGGGAACACCGGGGGCUCAGACGGCGUGCGGAGGUUAUUUCAUAUUUGCUGAAGCAGUAUGGGAUGUUGUAGCGUCUCAGCCCAUCCUCAUGUGAAAGGGGAGUGCUAGAGCACCUAGGCACAGGGAGAUAGGAUGGCAGGGAUAGCCGCGAGGCAAGGUAGCGUAGGUAGCGAAGAUUUGCGUUGCGUUGUGUUGGCAGAAGGCAGUGUUACAGAAUGAUGUACGUAGAUGUCAUGCGUAGUCUUAGCAUGAAUGUUGCGGCGCCACAGCGUGGGAACAGCUGGCACGGACCGUCAAAGGCGUUGUUCAGGCGCACGGCAAGGGGCCAUGCGGGGACGCAAGGUGCCAUGUGUGCGUGGAGCAUCGCAUAGAGAGUGGCUUUCCCUUGCGAGGCUUCAUACAGCGAACUGCAUUUUUGAGCAAACACCAUUUUCAUCAAGCGGCAAGUUGCGUCAAAUACUGUAAAGACAG